GGCACGGGCGCUGCGCUACGGCGUUACGUAACAGCAGGCCGAGGGCGCCGAGCGUCGACGAUUCCCAACCAAACCGCCCUAGCGCACGGACCUCUGUCGCUCGCGUUCCAUAGCCUCGCUCCGAGUACUCGCGAGCCGCGCUUCCCGCUACUGCGACACUGCCGUGCCGCGAGAUUAUCUCUAUUCACAACAUUUCUCUAGAGACGUUUUAUAAACUUUAAUACUCGCUUCUUGACUUCUCACUUCUCUGCAGAGGCGAUUCCGAUCGAAAUCGUGAAAUUAAUCGAAUAGUGAAUCGAUUUCAUGUUGUGUCAUAGUGUGAUGGAGUAUAAGUGUCGUUGGUUCUUCACUUCUUUACAGUGUUACAGUAAAGGUGGACAAUUCAGUACCUGGUUGAAUAAUAUGUAAAUCGUCACUGGUGACGAUCACCAGCCGUGUAAGUGGCCACUGUCUAAACCGUAUCAAAAAUGGGCAAGAAGAACUCAAAACUGAAGCAAGAUACGAUCGACAGGUUGACGAGCGCCACUUACUUUACUGAAAAGGAGAUCAGGCUUUGGCAUAAAGGAUUCCUGAAAGAUUGCCCCAAUGGACUACUUACUGAACAGGGCUUCAUAAAAAUCUACAAACAGUUUUUCCCGCAAGGAGACCCCAGCAAGUUUGCGUCUCUAGUUUUUCGAGUAUUCGACGAAAAUAACGAUGGGUCCAUUGAAUUCGAGGAAUUCAUACGUGCUUUAUCGGUGACGUCGCGAGGAAAUCUCGACGAAAAAUUACAUUGGGCCUUCCGUCUUUAUGACGUUGACAAUGACGGUUACAUCACGCGGGAAGAAAUGUACAACAUAGUCGACGCGAUCUACCAGAUGGUGGGUCAAACACCACAACCUGAGGACGAGAAUACUCCUCAAAAGCGCGUGGACAAGAUAUUCGACCAGAUGGACAAGAACCACGACGACCGACUCACCCUGGAAGAGUUCCGCGAGGGCAGCAAAGCGGACCCUCGCAUUGUCCAAGCCCUGUCCCUUGGGGGCGAUUAAUCUACGGUCAUUCUCUCGCCGGAUUUCACAUUUACUUAGGGAGCUACUGAAACUCCGCCGCGUGUCUAAACUCUAUUUAACCUUAAAUUCACAUAAUUCUUAAAAAAAUGUUUUUUUCACGAGGUUUUAUUUUUUAAUUCAAGAUGUUUGACGUAGCCAUUAUCUUUUUAGAUCAACGCGAAGAACUGGCAAUCGAAUUCUCAGAUUUUAACGAAAAAUUUAAUGGUACUAACAUUACUGAUAAAAAUUUACAUAUUUAAAGUACUGGUAACAUUUUAAAUCAAAUAAACGAUAACCCUAUUGAUGCUAACAAUAUCUACAACGUGUUACGUGAGUUGCUUAAAUUUCGCUCUCCAAAUGUACUCGUUACCAAUUUAAUGGAUUGUCCUCAACUUGUUCAUGAAAUUAUUUCACUUCCAAGUAACUUUUAGAUUAAAUCAUUACCUUCCUACAUCUUCUCAAUGCAAAGUAAAUACUAAUUUUCCCUGAAGCAUUGGCACCACCAGUUGUGCCUUUGCGUUUAGACGUGGGGUUGGAAGGUUUAAACCACCUCGAUGUUUACUUACGAUCAUAUAAGUACCUAGGUAAGUCAAAUCACGUUAACACGCGGCGGACUUUAAUGGUCCUUCAAUUUUUUUAGUAACAUUUUGCCAAUAUGAACCUGCGAGGCUCUUCGUUUUUUAUAAGUACGAUAUUUUUUAUAAGCAUUUGGAUGCUACCAUUUGAUUCUGAUAAUAUUUAAAAUUUAUAUAAUUUCAGGAGUGUUGGUGAAAAUGUAUGUUUGUGAGUAAAGAAAUUCAACAUUGAUGUCCAGAGAACGCUACGGUAUCGACCAGUGCCGGCUGGCAUCAUUGCUAAUGAUGCCAGUUCACUCAUUCCAAAUAGAAAAUUUGAUUAGGUACUUUUAAAAAAAUUACAAAAUAAUGCUGGCUUCCACUGAGCUUCAUUUUACACACUCAAUGACAAACAUAACCUGGGACUAGGUAGGUAGAUACUCUACAAAAGAACGACUGAAAAUCGCCGGUUUAAAAGAAAAUAAAGUCUAUUGUUAUUGUAAAUAUAAUUUGUUAACGUAAUUAAGUAUAACUUUGAAUUGAGAGUUAUGAUAAAAUACUAAAUUGAUAAAUCCUCGAUAUUACAUUCGUGUUGGCAAAUUGAAUGCUCUUUCUCUAGUAAAUGAUGAGUAGUUUUGUAUUGCCCUACCUGUUUUUUAUUAUUACCACAGUCGAUUUUAGAACAUUGUAAAGAAGGCGUCAAUUUCUUGAAGAAAAAGAUUACCUGUUUAGUUUGCUCCUUACUUUCCCUCGAUCGAUAUACCGUUAUUUCAGUUAUCGACGACCUCGGCGGCGCAGUGGUAAAGUGCUUCUCUCUGAACCGAAACGUCCCGGGUUCGAUCCCCGGUCGGGUCAUGAUGGAAAAUUAUCCUUUUCUGAUUGACCCGGGUCUUGGAUGUUUAUCUAUAUAUGUUUUGUUAUAAAAUAUAGUAUCGUUGAGUUAGUAUCUAUAUAUAUAAUAACAUAAGUCUUGAACUUACUGAAGGGCUAGCUCAAUCUGUGAUUUGUACUAAUUAUAUUUAUUUAUUUUAUUAUUUAGUUAUCUAAGCCGCAAAAUUGAAAUAAAUAGGUUGAUUGAUCACCUUUUUAAUGACUGACGCCUUCUUCAUUCAAAUGAUAACGAUAGCUGAGUUUAUUUAGACUGGCAACACCUACCAAGACCCCCAUUUCGGCGAGAGCUACCGUACGCUACUAUUUAAAACUUUUAUAAUUCAUUAAAAGUAGGUCGUACCUAUACGACACUCCUGUGGUAGUAAUCCAAGUCACAUAAAAUUGCAUUAAAAUUAUGUCCAUGUCCAGGUAACGAUUACUCGAACUAAAUAUUCAUUAUUAUACUAGUAUUUAUCUAUACUAAUUGUACACGCAUUUUGAACUAGACAUUUUUCAAGUUAUCGUGAUGUAGUUUUAAUGUAUCACAGAAGAUUACAAAAUAAUAUGUGUAAAAUAUAAUUAUUUUAGGUACUUGGUCAGUGGAAUCUAAAGAUGCAUUGACAAAAUUACUUAAGUAAAAAGUAUAACAUACUCGUACAUGUAUAGUGUACUUCGUACCUAAUUUACUAUCUUAGACAAAUACCAGGUUUUCAUUGAACACAUUUUGGUAAACACAUGUUUAAAAAAAAUAUAUUCUUUUUGUAAUUUCGAUUGUCACAUGACAAAUUAGACUGUGGGUGUGUAUCUAAAUAAUGAUACCUAGUUUAGAAGAUCUUUUAGAGAUUCCACUAACCAAGUAGAUGACAGUAAUACGACAUUCCUCCACACACAUAAUUCUCAACUCUGUAAUAUAACUUAAAUAAUUUUAGUUAUUAAAUAACAUAAGUUUACUACCGAAGUUUAACGUUUAACUGUUGUUAAAAUAAAAUGUUAUUUAAAAAGCUAUGCCCCAUUAUUCUUAUGCAUAGUAAGACAAUAUACAUUUAAAAAAUAAUAAAAAAAACUUGUUCUCAUGACAUCGUGUGCUACGUGGCAUGUCCACAAAAUUUUAUAUCAAAAAAGUUUUUCAAAUUUUGGAUGCUACAUUAAAAAAAAAUAUACUUAACAUUUUUUAAACUUAAAAUUUAAGAAAUUAAAGUUGAUCAUCUAAAUAAGUACGUAAUUAUUUUGGAAAUUUGGAAUCAAUGCAUCGAUAUUGGCAGAGGUAUUUGUGUACCAAUGUAACUGGAGACAUUAGGGGUAAUUGCAAAUAGUAAACACACUAUGUAUGUGAAAGCUUACUGAAAACGCAAAGGCAACCGCGGGUGCCCGAAGAGUAAGCACUACUCGAAAAGACAAAUAAAUACUUCUCGUAACUUCUCUAUAUGUGAAACAUUACCUAUCCAUGUUUAGAGUAGUAGUGUAAUGGUGUAGUUUGUGUAUAAGAUUAACGUUCAAAUACUUGUAUGUCACAAAUUCACUACCUAACGCGGCCACCGACAUAGGCACUCGGUUACAAUGGAAACUGCAGUUGUGUAUGAAACGGCAAUUAUCCCAAGGAUGGACUUUUAAGGGAUGGACUUAUAUUGCCUAUAGAAGUCGUGCAAAAAAUUAUACAUUAUAUCGAACGAAGUGUAUUCACAGUGUUGUUGCAGUGACGUUUUCAGUGUGGACAUUUACGGAUUAGGACUUUGUAUUGUACGAGCACGGCUCUGAAAUUAUUUUAUGCAAUUUUUAUAAAAACUUCGUAUUUUAUAUUACGCCCAUUUAAGUCACAAAUACACAAAUGGUAUAAAAAUUGUGUACAAUGUUUCAGUAGCUGUGGUCAAUGGAUUGUUUACUAAGUGCAGUUGUUAUGCGGUUGGCCAAUUCCAUUUCAGAGAGCACCUUUGUAUUCUUUAUAUAUAUUAUCUUUGCCAAAUUUAGUGUACAAACAACUUUGAAUAAUGCCUAGAUCUACUUACAUCUCUCCAUCCUUCGUGGCGAAUACUGAAAACAUAUAUUUUGGAGGACUUUUGGAUAUUUCCGUUAGCGACUCUCAACAUAAUUCAUUAGUUAUAAUAUUAAGAAUCUAUCGUGUAAGAAACUUAAAAGCUUUAUACUAUGCAUUAUAGUUUGCAUUACAAAUUAAAACCUUCUUAUGAAACUUGUAACGUAUUUCUAUUCUAUAUGAAACUGUGAACUUGUUAUUUAAGUAAUUAUUAACAUUUCUGCUAUUUAUGCGAAGGCGUUCUAUGCUGUAAGUUUCGAUAACAUUUUAAUUUUUGUACUAGUAGUGGCGAAUCGCAAGUCAAUUUGUGUCUUUCGACAUUGUGUAGGGAUAAGGAGCGUUUUACAAACGAACUAGGGUAGGGAUAUUGUUGCGGGCUGUGCAUUUCGUCUAGAUUUAAGUAGCAAAUCCAACGCCUAUUUGUAAUUUUAGUUCGCUUAAAAAUAUCAAUCUCAAAUUAUGUGUAAUUAACAAAUUAUGUGUAACAGUAUCUACUGAUCGGCGUUGCUAGUAUGCAAUUUUUUACAAAUUUCUUUUUUCAUUACGUAAAAAUUAAGUACAAUAGUUCAUUUCAUAAUUAGAUUAGAUACAUUAAUGGAAUAUUUGUUAACCAUAGUAAUUGUACUGUUUAAGAAAUAAAUGUAUUUCUGUGAAUCCGGGAUCUUAUUAUCUUCUAAUCAUUUAUAUACUCAUUAAGUAUAAGUAUUAAAAUUGUUGUGUAUUAUUGUCAAAUGAUGUUAAAAUAGAUAUCUAGUUUAUUAAGACAUUAUUGCAACAUAAAUACUUUUUUGCCUGUGUGUAUUAUUCAAGGGGUAUUAAUGUUUUGACUUUAGUACGAAGUAGUAUAUAGUAUCCACAUGUCUUUGAAAAAGAUGUUUUAAUUUAUGAAUGCAAAUAGACUAGACACUACACAUUGUUUGAAGUUAGCUCGAUUUCUCGUCCUGUGGGACUCCGAUUAUAAUAAACUGAUAAACUAAAAAAUAAAUACAUACCUACGCCCUUUGUAAAGCACAGAAUUAUGAGAUAGGAAAAGUUCAAAUAACACAAAAGUUAAAAGACACAUUAUGUUGAAAUUGUUACCAUUCGUGACAUUGUAAAUCUUGACGCAUACCUACAUAAAAUAAAUAAAAAGUCGUAAACAAUCUUAAUUUUAAAUCUAAAUUUUUUCAAAUGUUUUAAUUUUAUGACAACAAUAUAUAAUGUGUUGCAUUUUAGGAGCAUAUAAAUGCUAAAAGCGUAUAAAAUAAUUAGAUAUAUAGUCAUGCUUAUAGUUGCCGUGUAUUGCUCAUUUUGCAAAUAUCCUAGAAGCCAAAUUUAUUUGAUUUCAUUGUAUUCAAUAGCAUUUGGAAUAUGAUGUAUGGACUAAAGUUACGUAAAAAUUAUUGAUUUUAAGUUUGCGAUAUAACUAAACCUACUUAUAUUGAUUUUUGUAAAAAAAAAACAAUUAUAAAAUCUGAAAACUAUUAUUAUUCAGAUAAGCGCUGCCUGCUACAACGUUCUACUUACAAAAUGUAUAACUGAUAAUUUGAAAACUACUUUCAGAAUAUGAAUAAAUAUCACGUAUGUCCUUAGAUACUCUUGCAAUGUACGGCUAAAAUUAGAAAUAAUUUUAUGUCCAUGUACGCUAUACAUAGGUUUAUUUUAAAAAGCGCAGGUAUUCCACUACAUUCAUUCUACAUUUCCACUUAAUACAUUUAAAAAAUUAAAUAAAGAAAAUCAUUUAUUCAGAAAUUACACCUUCACGGGCAUUUUUCACAAAAACUAAGGGCGUGCAGUUUCCUUUCACAGAUGAUUGUCAUUUCAGUGCAUAAUAAUGUCAGAAAUACUAUAUAAUAUGCCGACUGCCAGUCAUCUAACUGGCAGUCGGCAGCAGAUUCCAAGAUUGGAACCCACUCUCACGGCGACGACGUGUUGAAAUCGCUUUUUAACUUAUAAUUUUAGGCUAACUUUUAAUGUAAAAAUGUGCUUUUUAAAUUGAAUAUAUUAACUAUUCCAAAUAAAACAAAAAAGAAAACUUUGAUUCAUUAAUAAUGAAAUAAUUAUUAAGUACUCAACUGGUUUAUCCGAACAAUGAAACUUAUUUACAAAAAAGACAGCAGACAGUUAUCUUUCAAUACAAUGCGCAUGCUGGCAGCGAACUGCAUAUGAAACAUAGUUGUUAAUUCUUUACAGUUGUGAAAUGAAAAUGAUACGUUACAUACAUACUUACAUAUUUGAAUGUGAAGACAGGUAAUCAUUUUUUAUCAAAUAUAAAAGUAGGUAUAUUCCAAAAAUAUUUUCGCAUUAACUAAAUAGGUUAUUCUUUUAAGUCUGUCACAAUCUGUUGUAAUCUGUAUCAUCCUCUGGCUAUUACAAUUUUAGUUAAGUACAAAAGUUCGCUGCUAAUCGAUCAAUGUUUUUCUAAACUACCGAAAUCUCUGUCUAUGUAAAUAGUAUAAUUAUUCGCCUACUUUUCUAGUUAUUAUAAUAUUCACUUUUAAUAUUAUUGAUUAUUAAUAAACAAGUUGAAAUUAUCA